AUGGCUCCCCUUCGCUCAAUCAUUGCGGCUGUAGCUCUUUGUGCGACGGCGGUCGCCGCAACGUCAAUCGACAACCAAACCUAUGAGUACAUCGUCGUAGGCUCUGGACCUGGCGGCGGACCGCUUGCAUCCAAUCUCGCUAGAGCCGGUCACUCCGUGUUACUUCUUGAAGCCGGGGAUGACCAGACGGAAAACCUCAAUGUAUCAAACUGGCUGAACUUCAACCUGGCCGGCAACGAUCCCGCCACGCGCUGGGACUUCUUCGUGAAGCAUUCCGAUGACGAUGCUAGGGAAGCGAGGUAUUUGCAUCGAACGUGGCGUAAACCAGAUGGAGGGUUCUACGUCGGCAUCGAGCCGCCUCAGGACUCCGAAGCUCUUGGAAUCUAUUAUCCGCGUGCAGGCACUUUGGGUGGCUGUGCGAUGCACAACGGCUGCUUGACCAUGAACCCCAACAAUGCAGACUGGGACGAAAUCGCGCAAAUGACCGGAGAUGACUCAUGGUCGCAUGAGAAUAUGAGGAAGUAUCUCAUCAAGCUCGAAAAGGUGCACUACAACAGCACAUACGAGCAUGGCCAUGACGGCUGGCUCGACAUGACCAUGCUAGACCCAGGCUACACUACCAGUGCGGAUGCCAAACAACUCAGUGAACUCGCUGCAGAGGCCGCCGGCUACUAUGCCUCUUCCGCUUCGACGUUGCUGCAGCGCGAUAUGAAUGGUGCGCAGCCAGAUCGCGACCAGCUCGUUGGACCUUUCGGCGGUGUCAGUCAUAUCAACCCCAAUGGACGCCGGUCGUCUCCGGGGUACUACGCCAGAGAUACUGCAGCUUCUGGCAAAUAUCCGCUGACUAUCUCGCUGGAUACUCUUGCCACGAAGAUAAUCUUCGACAAGGUCUCCCCAGGACCACCUAGAGCAAUCGGUAUUGAGUAUCUGCAGGGCAAGAGCUUGUACAGUGCUGAUCCCCGUUCCAAUCCCGAUGACAAGGGUGUCGCAGGCAAAGUUUUCGCAUCUAAAGAGGUCAUUAUCUCUGGCGGCGCAUUCAACUCACCACAACUGCUUAUGCUUUCUGGGAUUGGCCCGCUUGAUCAACUCACGAAGUUCAAUAUCUCGCCCGUGGUAGAGUUGCCGGGUGUGGGUAGACAGAUGGCCGAUAACUAUGAGGCUGGUAUAUUGUCGCUCGGAAACCGUGCCGUUACUGGUAUGUCAGAGAUCUUCCCCAACUUCUGGAAGACGUCCACUUCGCAACUCGGCAUCCGCGACAUUUACAUGUGGUGUGGUUCUUUCGCGUUCGAAGGCUUCUGGCCAGGCUUUCCCAAUCGCCCUCCGUACUUCAACGAGACCUACGGCCCAUCACAAUACGAGUGCGCAAUGGUCCACAUGAAUCCGCGUUCGCAAGCCGGCACGGUAGAACUCCGAUCCGCUAAUCCGCGCGACAUGCCAGCCAUCAACCUCAACUUCUUCAAAGACGGCGCAGAGGAAGAUCUCCAAGCCAUCUACGAAGGUGUCGAGUGGGUACGUUCCUGGCUGUCAAAAGUGGACCCGUCUGCACCUGAUUCGCUGGCACCCUUCGAAGAGCUCCAUCCUUGCGAAGGUACCAUUGGGAAGCAGAACUGUACGGUCGAGAGUCAGAAGACGUAUAUCAAGGAGCAGGCGUAUAGUCAUCACGCUAGUAGCAGCUGUAGGAUUGGUGCCGAUGGAGAUAAGUUCGCGGUACUAGAUAGUAAAUUCAGAGUAAGGGGAACGAGGGGCCUGCGAGUCGUAGAUGCAAGCGCCUUUCCGAAGGUACCUGGGGGGUUUCCUAUUUUGCCUACUAUGAUGAUUAGCGAGAAGGCUACUGAGGAUAUACUCUCUGGGUUGUAA